UGCUUAUUGCCAGAGAGAGGGGGCGUCUGGCACUUUCAUAUACUCCUCCACAGCAGCUGGCAUCAGGCUAGUGCCGGUGAGUAAGCAGCUGCAAGGAUGAUGUGUGUUUGCGUGUGUGUGAGACAUUGAACCAGGAUCUUUCUGAAAAAGCUUUGAGAUGAAAUUGCUGAGAAUUUUUGCCUGAAGCGAGGGAUGUUUCCCUAAUCUAAGACAAGCAGCAGCCUGCAGUCAGAGAGAAGCCGUGGCUAAAGUCAGUCCAGAAGAGAGACUUUUCACAGAUCUUCUCAAGAGUCCAAAGGGAGAUGGUGAUGAGAAGGAGGAUCUCAUGAGGCCCCAGUGUCAACAUUCAUCAUGCUCUUUGCAAUGAAAGCCUGAAACUUUCCAGCGCUGAACAUUUCUGUGUCUCAUCUACCACCACACCCUGAAAUCAAAUUCACAGCUAGGUGAACCAGGCACUGUACAAACAUGUCAGAGCUGCCUCCGCCCCCUUCUCUCCCGCUCUCUCUUGUCUUCUCCUUUCUCUCUCAAGUUUCUCGGAGAGUCAACGGAUUCCAGCGUGAGAAUAUUUCUACCUCACCACUGGUUCCGGAGCAGUGAGAAAUCUGGGGAUAUUAAAUGACUUAAUGUACUGGAGGACCGAACAGUGAAGUAGUCUGAGAAGAAGAAGAGAAGCACAUAGCUGGCAUCAUGUUCCGCAAAAAGAAAAAGAAACGACCGGAGAUCUCUGCUCCGCAGAACUUCCAGCAUCGGGUCCACACCUCGUUCGAUCCAAAGGAGGGUAAAUUCAUUGGCCUGCCCCCUCAAUGGCAGAACAUUCUAGACACCCUGAAACGCCCAAAGCCAGUCGUAGACCCUUCAAGAAUCACCAGGAUGCAGCUUCAACCUAUGAAGACUGUGGUGAGGGGCAGCAGCAUCAAAGUGGAGGGAUAUAUCUCUGGGAUACUGAAUGAUAUUCAGAAACUUUCUGUCAUCAGUUCCAAUACUCUAAGGGGAAAGAGCCCGACCAGCAGGAGGAGAGCCCAGUCACUUGGACUUUUGGGAGAAGACAGGCUCCCAGACAUGUAUCUUCAGAGCCCCGAGGUUGACUGGGAAGACAAAUAUGGAAACUACCUCAACUGCAAUGGUGGAAGCAAAGCAGCCCGAAGGCAGACUAUGUGGCCAGAUUAUAAACCCAGGAUGGAUGGGCAAUCUCAUCCCAAUGUUAUGGUAAUGAAAGCAAAGUCCCUUGGGCCUUUAGAAUUCCAAGGUGAGGGUGGGCGCUGCAUCCAGCUCACUUCAGUUUUGCAGCACCAACAGCGCACCUGUGUUCUGGCUGGGAAGAGUGACAAGGCAGAAAGAAGCAGCUCAGAAUGCUGGCCCCAGCCUUGCCUGGUGGCACAAGUGAAUCCCAGGCCUUCUGGGGUGGGAAGCCCUUGCCCCAAAUCAAGGGAAAACAGCUUGAAACGGAGGUUGUUACGAAGUGUGUUACCAUCAUCUGGCGACUCAAAUAAGUCCGGUCCCACCCUGCAGAUAAAGUCUAAUGCUUUCUUCAGGCCCCAGCAGUGGGGUUCUCCACGCAGUCCUGCAAACAAAGCCCAGUCUCUUCCGCCUGAUCAGCCAGCACCAGAUUUAACCAGGAUGAUUUCAGGAGCUGGUACCCCCCAAAAGAGCCCAGCAACUGAGAAGGCAACUACAUUGCCACAGGGCAGGCCAUCACCAGCAGGAUCCCCCCGAAACAGACACACUCAGACCAGUUCCAGCAACCUUCACCUGUCCCAAGACUCUUCUGCUAAAGGACAGUUGGCCAAUGAAGACCCUGUGAUCGUGACUCAUGAGCAAUUCAAGGCCGCCCUCAGAAUGGUGGUGGACCAGGGUGAUCCCCGGACAUUGCUGGAGAACUAUGUGAAGAUUGGCGAAGGGUCCACAGGCAUUGUCUGCAUCGCUUGUGAGAAGCACUCUGGGCGACAGGUGGCAGUAAAGAUGAUGGAUCUGAGAAAGCAGCAGCGACGGGAACUUCUUUUUAAUGAGGUGGUGAUAAUGAGAGACUAUCAGCACAUCAAUGUGGUGGAGAUGUAUAAAAGCUACCUGGUGGGAGAGGAACUCUGGGUGCUCAUGGAAUUUUUGCAAGGAGGAGCUCUCACAGACAUUGUGUCUCAAAUCAGGCUAAACGAGGAACAAAUUGCAACAGUGUGUGAGUCGGUGCUGCAAGCCCUUGCAUACUUGCAUUCCCAGGGUGUGAUUCACAGAGACAUUAAGAGCGACUCCAUUCUCCUGACCCUUGAUGGAAGGGUGAAACUCUCAGAUUUUGGCUUCUGUGCUCAGAUCAGUAAAGAUGUACCAAAAAGGAAGUCCUUGGUAGGAACUCCAUACUGGAUGGCUCCGGAGGUUAUUUCAAGGGCUCCAUAUGCUACUGAGGUGGAUAUCUGGUCUCUAGGGAUCAUGGUGAUAGAGAUGGUGGAUGGAGAACCCCCCUAUUUCAGUGACUCCCCAGUCCAAGCAAUGAAGAGACUCCGUGACAGUUCUCCUCCCAAACUGAAAAAUUCUCACACGACUUCUCCAGUUCUGAGAGACUUCUUGGAACGGAUGUUGACACAAGAUCCCCUAGAAAGAGCAACAGCACAAGAGCUUCUGGAUCACCCCUUCUUGCUCCAGACUGGAUUUCCAGAGUGCCUGGUCCCCCUUAUUCAGCAGUACAGGAAGUGCACCUCCACCUGCUGAAUCUGAGCAUGGGGAAAAGCCAGUAUCCCAGCACUAGAAAUGCAAGUUCUCUGUUGGAAACAUUGGUUGUACUUGACCAAGACUCAAGCAGUGUCACUCUGCGAACAGUGCUUAGAACUUGUCAGUAUUUUUUUUUUUUUAAAGGAUGAAUGUGAAAAUUCCCCCAAGACCUUUAGCUGCUUCCCUUUUGCUGAAGACAAUCAAGUCAGAACCCAGUAUCUCUCAAGAACAAAACAGAGGCAUUGCAUGGCUUCUGGAAUCUCAUAUUUCUCUUACAAGAAUGGCAUUUUUAAGAUGUUUGAAUUUGUAUAUUGAAGUGUCUGCAAACUCUGGAAAAUUUUAACUACUGGCUAUCAAAUUGGAACUGUAUUCCCCAAACAAAAAUGUGAUCUUUGUUUUUUAAUGUUAGUUGUACACUGGAGUCCUGAGCUGACCCAAAAGAGAUGCACUUUGGGGCACCAACCUUCUAAAAAAUCCUAUCUUAAACAAUGCACAAGGAUUUCAACACUUUUUUUUGAGACUUUUCUCUUAUUAUUUUAUCUCAUUCCACAAGUGUGAACAUCAUUGGGCCUGGAAAAAGCUACCUGGUGGACAGAUGUAAUAUAUGUUUGGUUGCUUUCCAACUUCCUCCUUUGCAUCAAACUGCUUCAUUUUUAUGGAGAAUAUAUGUGGUUUAACAGGACAAAAAGGUGGUCUGUCUUGACUCGACCGCAUGAUCCUAGAUAUGUGGAGGGAUGACAAUCCUUGGCACAGGCCUUCUCUAAGUGUCUCUCUCUCUCUCUCUCUGCUCUAUGGAGAAAGUACUGCCUGCCACCAGAAUCCUAUGGCUGAAGCUUCAUAACAGGUAACACCACUGCCUUUUCCAACACUGACUCGAAUGGGAGGCAAAAUGGUGUUCUCAGCAGAAAGGGUUUAAGAAAGCUUGUCCCAGGGUCUAGGUCCCCCUGGGUACAUUGGAUUCAUAUCAAGAAAUGCUGCCUUGAAACAGCUGUUAGGUAGGACUUUGUACCAUUGUGAAUUCUGUAACAAGGCUCAAUAAAAAAUUGAAGAUGUCCUGUCUA